AUGUUACACCGCAGCAGGUGGACAGCUGAGAGGGGGAGAGACGGCCGCUCUCUUCGGCCUGCCAGUGACGGGGCAGAUUCAUUGGGGUCCUACCCCCCACACCCCCAGGGACUGGCAGGGGUGAUCCUGGUCCACCCCAGGGAGGCAACCCUGCUCCUCAAGCCAAAUAAGCAGUUACCGUUCAAACAGCAGACAGCCACAGACACACAGAAAAUGGCGGACGCCACGCACUCACGCACAUCCUGGGACCUCGAAGCCAGGCUGGACAGCUUGUUUAAUGCCUUCUGGAGAAAGCUGGAACUCAGACAGCGGCAGGUACGGUUGCCAAAAGUUACAAAAAACUUACCUCACAAGCUACCAUCACAAGCACGCGGCAAGCUCAUGGCACCUAAGAUACAGGUGGAUCAAAAAUGGGGGAUCAAAAGACCCAGUUUACUAAGACAGCGAGCCGCCUAUCGGAACCCUGCCAGGCAUCCCGGCAAGAGAAUGGCAGAGAACGAUACAACAAGAAACCUGCCACAACCAGACCAGGCCACAACAAAGCCCAAUGCACAGCUCAUACCGGAGCACGAGGCCACACCGGAGAAGCCUGCAAAUCUCUGCAAAUUUACCUUCCCUCUGCAACAUGCAUGCGGGACCCUACUCGGAGGGGCAACAGAGACUUUCGGGGCAUGA